AUGAGCUUUUCAAAGUUCUAUGUGAUUGUUCUCACUGCCUUCCUUUUCCUUUCCUCGCUUUCGGAUGCUGCUUGCCCCAAGACCUGCAACUGCGCACCAAUUCCUCAGCAGAAUUUCCCUGGGGAGUGCUGUAAACCCGGAAGUUUGCAGUACAACGACACUGAUGUACCAAGUUUCUGCACAGACAAACCUUUUGAAAGUGGUUACACCAUGAAGAUCGAUGAGAAGGUUCCGGUUCAGAUCAAUCUCGUGGAUUAUUGCACGGACCAAAUAAUCUUCAGCUCCUUCGUUGCUCCUCAGGUUGACCGUUUCAGUGUGGCCAACUUCCCCUGCUCGUUCCAACCUGCAUCGUGCUCUGAAGUUCCGACUGCAGAUCAGGCCUCGUGCCAGGCUGGUGAGAAAGUCUGGACCGAUACCUUGGGCUGCACGUCCCUUGAUGUGCAGAAGCUGCUGAAUUCUCGAAUCUGCAACAGCACCAACUACCCAGGAAAGACGGGAGAUUACGUCUGGGUAGAUGCAAACCCUGGGGAUCGUGUAAUCCUGCCCACUGUCGGGUACUGCAACUGCAACUGGAAGAAGCGUUUCAGCGAGCUCAAUGGAACGGGCUUGACGAAUGUGACGAAGGGAGUUCCGAACGGCUACAUCAAGGAGGGUAUGAGCACGUUCUAUGUUCAAGUGAUGAUAGGAGGGAGAAGCACAUCUGCCAACGACGAUCCCACCUGUCAGUGUGCAAGCCCCUGGGAUGUCUCACCUGAAUGUAUGUGCGCCCUUGGAACAAGAAAAGUUCCAUACAUUUACAACUAUUCGUACCUGCCCUCCCUCACCGCCCUUAUCUCCAUCCAGAACGGCCAACUCAUAUACCAGAACACGUAUGUGCGAUACAACUUCGAGGAGCGGGGAAUAGGUUGUGUUGGCUGUUCCGUCGACUACUGCUGGGGAGUUCCGAUGGCUGGUGUUGACAGCACAGUCAGUGUUGAAGAUCCUACGCAAGAGCCUCCCACCCUCAACUUCCUGUGGAGAAGGAUGGGAUUCGACCUCACACUCUCGUCGUCCAAACAGUGUGCUAUACGGAGGCUCCCUGACCCUAACAAUGCAAAUGCAGCCUACUGCCGGUAUCCAACUGCUGGUACAGAAGUCGACGUCUGCUCAUUGAAAAUCUACAUCGCCUGGAUCGGGACUGACGGAUACGGGCAGCCAUGUCAGAGUAGCAAUGAAAUGUUUUCAAAGUUCACCCAAAUGGGAGUCUCCAACAUCGCGGCACAGAUGUACACUGGCGCCUCAAGUCUGGCGACAAAAGUGGAUCGGAGGGUCACUGGUUAAUUGUCAAACAAUAUUUCGCAAAAUCUGUUCGCUAUAAAAGAGAUGUAAAGCU